GCAGAAACGAAAGCUUCCCGCUGCAGGGAGUCGGAGGGGCUUCGUGGGAAAUGAUGAGCUCCUCGUGACGGAUCAUUCCUCCUCGCGACCAUGACGGGUGUCGCGUGGUUCCUCGCUUUCAUCUGUAUGGCAGGACGUCACCUGUCGUCGGCCUCGUCCCCCCCCCGCCCGGCCCUGGUGGCCCCGGUGGGGGGGAACGUCUCGCUCACCUGUAACCUGACGUCCGGCUCCGGGAUCACGUGGUUCCUCCUGCGCUCCGACAGGCCGCUGCCGCUGCUCACGGUGAGGCCGAGCAGGCUGGGUGACGUCACGGUUAACCUGCACGGCGCGGACAGGGGCCGCUUCAGCAGCACGGGCCACCCGGAGGGGGGGGCGGUCCGCCUGGAGGUCCGGGGGCUGCUGGAGGAGGACGCCGGGCUCUACUUCUGCACCGGCCGCUGCGAGGAGAGCGUCUGCGUGGGGGGAGGAGUUCACCUGGUGGUGGGGGGAGACGGGGGGGCGGCCCGGCGGCCAUGUUGGAGUCCGGAGAUCUGCGCUCUCCCCGCUGCGCUCGUCUUGGGCCUCGCCGCCAUCGCCGGACUCUGCCUGCACUCAGGUCAAGCGGCUGCUUGCUGCUGCAGAAGAAGAGUCAGAGGUCAGAAGGUCACAGAGGAAGACUCUCUGCACUAUUCCAGUCUGAGGCAUGGAGGCAAGCCCCGCCCCUUCUGCCGAGGAGCGACGGGAUUGGUCGAAGUCGACGUUACAUACUCGACAGUGACGACUCGCAAGAACCCAAACGCUUAAAGUGAAUGUAACUCAUUGGAGAUUUUAUAAAGCUAUAUUUUUUUGCUUUAAUAUCUUUUGCUUCCUAUUAAUUAUUUACAUUAAAAAAAAAGCGUCAUAUAAAGGGAUGUUGAAAUGUGACUCAAAUAUAUUAUAUAGAUUGUAUAUAAAUACAUAUGUGCACAAAACACAUUUCAU